AAGAUUGCAAAACUUCUUAAAAUAAAAUCAAAGAUUUUCCAAAACCACUACUGCACCAAACUUAAGCAGGGUUUAUUUUCUUUCCUGAUUAGAAUAUAUUGCAUUUAAUUUGAUACGUUUCAAUGGUAUUACAUGAUCAACUAUUUUUCCUCAUAAACAAAACAUUUACAGAGAAUUAAGGUCUUACAACAAUGGUAAUUAAACCAACUUCACCACACUUUUUCAAGAUUGUUCUUCAUGAUAAGAAACUCGAGAUUCCUAAGAAAUUUGUGAGAAUUUAUGGAACUGAUUUGCCAAAUUUGUCUCUGCUAAAGCUUCCUAAUGGUGACCAAUGGAAAAUAGAGUUAUUAAAGAGCAAUGGUGAGAUUUGGUUAGGAAAAGGUUGGCAAGAAUUUAUGGAGUUUUACUCUUUAGCUUUUGGAUCUUUUCUUGUUUUUCAAUACGAUCAGAAGAAUUGUUGGUUCAAUGUGAUCAUAUUUGACACCAGUGCUUCAGAAAUUGAGUACCCUUGUAAAGAUAAUGAUGGUGAAACUGUGGAGCCCUAUUGUCUCGGGGAACGAUUUGUCGAGAUGGGGCAUGAAGAAGUUGAUAAUAAUUCCCCUGUUCAAAUCUCGAAUAAUGUUUCUUCGUUGAGCCGGAAAAGGAAAGAGAGUUUACGGUUAUCGGCCACCAAUUCAGUGAAGAAGGUGAAGUUGAGGAAUAAUACUACAGCACAACUUGAUGCUGAAAAAAGUAAUGGAGACAUAGAAAAUGUCAAUGGCGUCAUGGCGAAGACACAACGAUUGACCAUUGCUGAAAAGGAUAAUGUGCUUAGAAGAGCACGGGAUUCUUUCAAAUCUAGAAAUCCUCAUUUCAUGACUACAAUUCAGCCGUCAUAUUUGUGUUCAAGACUGAUUGUGGCUAUACCAAGCUACGUCAAUGAACAUUUUAAGAAAAGUCAUGGUGAUGUCAUCCUCUAUGUUGUGGAUGGGAGAACUUGGUCCGUCAAAUACUCUAAGAUUAGUAUAAAGGGAAGCAAUACAGCAAAACUCUAUCUUUGUUGGAAGACAUUCGUGCAAGACAAUGGUUUGAAAGUUGGUGAUGUUUGCGUCUUUGAAAUAAUUAGUUGUAAAGAAACGACAUUGAGAGUAUUCAUUUACCGAAAUAUGAAAGAUACAAAUAGCGAUCCAUCAUUAGGUAACAAGAAGGAUUCGAAACAUGUAGGAAGGGCCAUCUGUAAGCAGCUCAUCGGAGGGACCAAUAUUGAAGCUUCAAACGAUCUUACCUCACCAAAUCCAUCCUUCAAAGGGAUCAUCAAUUUAACACAUAUGAAGCGGGGGCUUAUGCAUAUACCACGAGAGUUUAUGGAUAAAUAUGCCAAGAAAAGCAGAGAUAAUGUCGCAUUACAGGUCAAGGACAGGCAGUGGAAUGUGAAGCUUAUCAGACAUCCAUAUCGAGGUCUUCUAUCAGCUGGGUGGUCGACAUUUUCACAGGAAAAUUCUUUGCAGGCAAGGGAUGUUUGCAUCUUUGAGCUGGUUAAUGCGGAAACUAUGCUUUUUGAAGUCUCCAUUUCCAGGUCUAAGGAUGCAUGUUAACUGACAGAAAGAAAAUUGGCUGUGUUAAUUUUUUUUACUCUUUUUCAGAGCUAGAUGGCAGACAAGUUAGAUGGUUUAGUAGAAUUUUCCUUAUAUUUUUUAGAUUCAGAUUUAUUUAUUUUUCAUAUAGUAAUUAGAGUUACUACUGUUUACACCCAUUUUAGUAUUAAAUAAUAUUACAGUAUUGUUCUCUCUCAAA